AUGCCCUCAACCGACUCUUUGUCCGAUCCCCAGGAAUACCAGAAAAUCUUUCACUGGGCCGAAACCCAGAAAGAUGGCACAAUCCCUUCUUUCAACACGCGACGUAAUGAUCCUUAUGAGUCCAUCGGGAACAGCUUCGCCUCUGAAGCAAUCCCUGGCACCAUUCCACAGGGCCAAAAUAGCCCUCGCAAUGUCAGAUUCGGUCUCUAUGCCGAGCAAAUGACUGCUACGGCUUUUGUCGCCCCGCGACACUGCAACAAGAAGGCGUGGCUAUACCGUGCCCGCCCGGCUGUCGCCCACCAGGGUUUCACCGAACUCCCCGACAACAAAGAUACCGAGGCGAAUUUCUUGCCACUCAACCCUCGUAUUCACGUCUCCCCUACCCAACUAGCAUGGCAUCCCUUUGAUAUCCCCGAAACUGGAGAUGUCGACUUUGUAUCGGGGCUGAAGACGAUCGCUGGGUCAGGCGAUCCCACUCUGCGGGAAGGUCUGGCCACGCAUGUCUAUGUUGCCAAUACUAGCAUGAAGAAGAGAGCGUUCGUUAACUCAGACGGCGAGUUCCUCAUCGUUCCCCAGCAGGGUGCUCUUGAUAUCCAGACUGAAUUUGGACCCAUGCUGGUCCAACCCGGUGAGCUCUGUGUUAUCCAGCGUGGAAUUCGCUUCAGUGUAAACUUGCCUGAUGGUCCCUCGCGCGGAUACAUCCUCGAAGUCUGGGGCACACAGUUUGAGCUUCCUGAGCUGGGACCUCUGGGCGCUAAUGGCCUUGCCAAUGCGCGGGACUUUCUAAGUCCGGUGGCUAGGUAUGAGAUUGCCCAAGAGCCAUGGGAGAUUAUCUACAAACUUGGUGGAAAGUUCUUCAAGAGCACGCAAAAUCACAGCCCAUAUGACGUGGUUGCGUGGCAUGGCAACUAUGUCCCCUAUAAAUAUGAUUUGACUAAGUUUGUCAACGUUGGUUCUAUCUCUGUAGACCACAUUGACCCGUCUAUUUUCUGUGUGCUCACGGCGAAGUCUCGCGAUCUCACUGCGCCACUUGCAGACUUCCUAACGUUCUCCCCUCGCUGGGAUGUUGCCUCUCACACAUACCGUCCUCCAUACUACCAUCGAAACGCCGCCUCCGAACUUAUGGGGCUCAUCUACGGGGGCUAUGGGGGCCGAUCAGAUGCCUUCCAGCCUGGCAGUGUGUCGUUUGAAUGUGGCAUGGUCCCACACGGUGUCGCAUACGAAGAGUUCAAAGGAGCAACUGAAAGCGAACCGCCAGCGAUGCAAAUAUCUCAAGCUUCGAUCGCCUUCAUGUUUGAGUCUUGCCGUCCCUUCACGAUUACUGACUAUGCGUGGAAUAGCGAGAAGAGACAUGAACAUGAACCCAAGAUGUGGGACAACUUGGUUGACAAUUUCUCGAAGCAUGCCAAGGAAGUGGAGGAGAUUUUGGCCCGAAAGGCGAAGGGGCUUUCCAUUCACUGA